GCUCAAUUCUGGAAUUUUUUGGUUAAUUAUUCAACUUUCGACAUCUUUUUUAUAUCAAGCCAUUCACCUACAAAUCUUGAAAAGAAUAAAGAAUACAUCGCUUUUUAGACUAAUAAUUGACUGGCCCAUCACAUGCCGGGUAAAUUCAGAGGGGGUGGCCGUCGUGGAGGCCCUCCUAGAGGAAGGGGAGGUGGCAGAGGUGGUGGACGAAGUGGAAGAGGAAGAGGAAAGAGAGGGUUUGGAGGUGCUCCUAGGUUUGACAGUCAAAGACUUGCAGAGAUCGAGGACUCAGACAGUGAGGCAUCCGGAGAGGAACAGCUUUCACCAGACGAGGAGUCUCAGGAUGAAGAUUCUGGGUCAGAAGAGGAAGAGGAGCCAGCACCUAGCAGGCCCUACUUUGCUUUGAUGCAGAGUUUAUCAAAGGAAUCAUCUGCUCCUAGUUCUAAGAGGAGAAAACUUGACCAUCAGUCCGAAGAAACUCAGUCAAGCGCAAAGCCUGAGCAACCAAAGGUCAUUGAAGUAAACGAGGAUGAAAAUAAGGACAUCGACCAUGUAGAGGAAGCGGAGGAGGGACCAGAAGAUGAGAUAAUAGGAGAUGAGGACGAUGAGGAUGAUAUUCCAGACUCGUCCGACCCAUUUGAGACUCAUUUCGUCAGUCCAAGCCAAGACGAAUUACCAAAACGCCUCAAAGCUAUUCAAGCAAACGAAUAUAGCCAAACACACUCGGAACACGAUGGCUGGAGGAUAAUAAGAAACCUUCCUGGCAAAGGCCUAGCCAACCCAGCACCACUCCCGCCUCCUAUAUCCGGACCAUCCAGUUUAAACCUUAAACAAAGGCUUGUCGAGACGAUCAAUCGAAAACGACCAACUUUCGACAAGUUAGAACAAGUCCUCUACCCAUUGACUUUCGCCUAUAAUGAUCUUCUAUUUUGCGGGCGUACGACUAAGAAUGCCGAGAACUUGCGACGAAUGACAUGUCUCCAUAGUGUAAAUCAUGUCUUCAAGACUCGUGAUCGAGUUAUCAAGAAUAAUGCGAAGCUCUCGAAAGAGGGUGAGAACAGCGACUUCGAGCCGAGAGAUCAGGGCUUCACGAGACCUAAAGUCCUGAUGAUACUACCGACUCGCAACUCAGCCGUCAAGAUGGUUAAUACUAUCUGCUCCCUAUGCGAGCCAGAGCAGCAAGAGAAUAGAAAACGCUUCGACGAGUCAUAUAUCGACAAGGAGGCCAAGUUCGCAUCAGAUCGUCCCGAAGACUUCCGAGAACUCUUUGAAGGGAACGACGACGACAUGUUCCGCAUCGGCAUCAAAUUCACCCGGAAAACCAUCAAAUACUUCUCACAAUUCUACAACUCCGACAUCCUCAUAGCCUCCCCCUUAGGGCUGCGCAUGGCGAUAGGAUCGGAAGAGGACAAGAAGGAGAAGAAGGUCGACUUCGACUUCCUCAGCUCGAUCGAGAUCGUCGUCGUCGACCAGGCCGACGCGCUGCUCAUGCAGAACUGGGAGCACGUCGAGUACGUGUUCGAGCACCUCAACCUGCAGCCGCGCGAGGCGCACGACUGCGACUUCAGCCGCGUCCGCGAGUGGUACCUCGAGAGCCAGGCCCCGCACUUCCGCCAGACCGUCCUGCUCUCCGCCUUCAACACGCCCGAGCUCGCGGAGCUGCACCGCCGGUACGGGACGAACUGGGCCGGGCGCCUGCGCGUGCAGCCCGAAGCGUACGGAGGCGCGAUAGAAGAGCUAGGGGGCUUGGUCAAGGCCAAGCAGACGUUCUCGCGCUUCGAGGCGCCGAACGUGGCUGGCGAGCCCGACGCCAGGUUCGAGUACUUCACGAGCGCCGUGGUGCCCUCGCUGACGAAGAGGGGGCGCGAUUUAAGCGGUACCCUGGUGUUCGUGCCGUCGUACUUAGACUUCGUGCGCGUGCGCAAUUACUUCGCGACGAACCCCGCCUGCGCGAACGUCACGUUCGGCGCUGUCAGCGAGUAUGCGGGUGUGCCUGAGGCGUCUAGGGCGAGGUCCCAUUUUCUGAAUGGCAGGCACCAGGUCCUGCUAUACACGGAGCGGGCGCACCAUUUCCGCCGCUACGCGAUCCGGGGCGUGAGGAGAGUGGUUAUGUACGGGUUGCCUGAUAACCCGACUUUUUACAAGGAGAUCGUGGGAGGGUACUUGAGCAAAAGCGAGCAGGACUUGAAGAUUGAGCCGGGGCAGGGGAGCGUGAGGGUGCUUUUCUCGAAGUACGAUUUGUUGAGGCUGGAGAGGGUUGUGGGGAGCAAGAGGGUUGGAAAGAUGAUUAGGGAUAGGGGGGAUACGUUUGAUUUUAUAUGAUGUGGAAAUAAGGUAAUCAGAGGCAAUGCAAAUGAAUGGAGAAUGGAGCAUUCACGGGUGUUAGCGAGUAUAGUUGUGAAUUAUUCUUUUGUUCGUAUGGGCUGUAGUAUUGGUACAUAUUUCGUACAGCACCUCCUAUGUUCAAGCCAGGCCAUUCGACCGU